UGCCCGUUGCUGAGUCCUUUGUCCUGCUCCUUUUUUCUCCUCGGAGGAAAGCAGCUUUGAAGAUACCCCUUCUCCUCGCACAUUCAGUCUCACCAGUUCAGGAGAGGGGCAGGGGAACAAGGCUGCAAGGGAACUGCUGUGCUGAAUGCCUGUAGUGUAGCCAGCAUUAACUGGCUAGAGAAUCCUAUUACGUGAUAGGUAGCAAGCCAGGGCCUAAUUUAUGGAAAUUUUGACCUUUGGUCCCCUUUGACAUUUUCGAAUCUGCCAUAGCCUGUGUGAGAUGUUAAAGCUCUUACAGUAAGGGGCCCUAAAUCAGCUUGUGUGGCUGCUGGAGCCAACGAGUGGGUCAGAGGUAAGAAUUCACUGAGGUUCGUGUGUGGGCUGCUCGGAGCCUGUUUGACAUUUAUAAAUCAGUGACAUUCCUCUGCACAGCUCAGUACAUACAAAUCACUUCAGUCUCUAUGAGGAGGGCCCCUCAUCUCAGUCAAGGGUGGAUUUGGGCAUCCAUGGCCUUUCCUUCUGAGAUGAGCAGAAUAUGCCUAAACAAAUCCAGCUUAAUCAGCUGGCAAGGUCACCUACCAUCCUAUGCGUGACCUGUUGUUGGAGAUGGAACGAGGGCUCUUUUAGCAUCAAACAUACCUCCGAGGACUUUGUGCCAUCCUCAGGGCUUGAUCACAAAAGUCCUCAUCACUAGAUGCCAUACCAGACACCCCACACUUUUGUCAGCUGCCAUAACAAAUGUUGUGCUCACGAACUCUGUUAUUAGAGUAGCACAAACAGCCGUGGUCCUGUUCUGCUCGGUGCUGGGCCAGUUAGAUGUCAACAGCUUCCCAGGGAAACCUACAUGCUGCAAAUAAUGCUCCACCAGGCUGAGAACUACGAGUGGGCCUGCCCCAAAUUUCUCACAGUCUGGAUUCUAUGUAGAAAGAAAACAUGAUGAGAAAAACAUAACCAGGGCUGUGGACAAGGUACCGUUAACGUCAGCCAGUUAUUGUGCAACAGACAUCCAUCUCAGCUUCUGCGAGCCCGACCUGUUUAACCACCGCUUACUUCUCCAAACUGUGAGGGUUUACAUGGCCGCCCCAUCCACCUCAGCGCUGGCACCCUGCUCCUCCCGGGUAACAGUGCACUGGGCUUUGGGAUGCCCUCUGGCCACACUUACAGUGGUUCAAGCGCAUGAUGGCCAGGAUGGUGAAGCCACUUCCUCUGUGGUUGUGAACCUGCAGCUGUGGAGAUGGUCAAAGAAAAGAGACGCUCGUGUUUUGGGCUGUGCAACCAGAGAGGGAGCUACGGCAAGUGCGUAUACCCUGAUGUGCUGCCACGGCCACUUGCUGCUUGGCCAAAGUCGCCCCAAAACGAAGAGCAAUGGUGGCUGCUGGGAACAGCUCCUCCCUCGUGCCCACACGCCUUCACGCUGAGGGGAAAAACUGCCGAGGAGGGCGGCGGGAGAGGGGGAAAUUAGUGAGGUAAAAACCUGACAGGAGCGAGGUAACAAUCUGACACAAGUGAAGGAAAAUCCAGACGUGACUCCGGGUGAGGGAGAUCAGCGCGGGCGGAGCACAGCACCGCCAUGGCGGCAGGGCAGCUGUGGGCCCUCGUGUCUCCGGGGGGGGCGAAGCCCGGUGGGAGAGGGCGGCAGGGCGCUGGCAGAAGCACUCCCGGCUUGAGAAGAGCCUGAAAACGUACAACCGGGCAGAGCCGGGGGCCGGGGAAAGGGGAGGGCGCUCCCCGGCUCCCUCCCACCCUCUCCGGAUAAAUGUGCCGCCGGGAGGCGGCGGGCGUACGGCAGCAGCGCGUGGAGCAGCGCGGGGCUCGCGCUCCUGCUCCCCGCCCAGCGCUCCCUGCCGGCGGGGCCGCUCGCUCUCCGCCCGCAUCGCCGCGCGGGGCCGCCGCGCUUUCUCUGUUUCCCCUCCCUUCCUACGGGCGCGGGGCCGGGCGAGGGGCAAGCGGCCCGGCGCGGCCGAUGCCGGCUGUCCCCGCCGCGCGCGGCUCGGCGCAGGCUGCGGCAGGCUGGUGGCGGCCAUCGGGAAUCGGGGCCCCCCCGGGCGCCCUUCCCCUCCCGUCCCUCCUCGGCCGGAGGGUUUUCUCCCGCUGCGGCCGCCUCGCUGCCCCCCAGACAUGGUAGGGCACCUCCAGCUGCAAGGGAUGGACGAGAGCCUGAAGGAGAAGAGCCGGGAAGGCUUGCUGGACAGCCCGGACUCGGGGCUGCCCCCCAGCCCCAGUCCUCCUUUCUACUCCCUCUCGCCCGGGGGCGGCGGCGGCGCGGACCCCCCGGCCCCGGGGCAGCGGCGCGAGGCCAAGGACGGCAGAGGGAUGCCUUACCUGCUCCUGAACCCGUCCGUGUCGGAGAUAAGACCUCGAAUGUACCCUGUGUUUUUUGGAGAAAGCAUUGAAGUCAACCCUGAGCCCGUACAGGAAAUUAGGUGUAAUUCCGAGGUGAAGUAUGACUCUGAGAAGCAUUACAGGGAUGACAUCUUCUAUGGCCCCAUCCCCACCGUCACCACCUACAGUGAGACAGUCAUUGCUGCGCCCAAUUGCACCUGGCGGAACUACAAGUCCCAGCUGAUCUUCGAGCCCCGCCAGAAGCCACUGAGGUUUCAGAGCACGACCAUCAUUUUUCCUAAGCGUGCCAAGAACAUUUACCGGACCACCCUCAACUACAGCUUGGGCUGUGCCAAGCGCUGGUUUUCUUCCAGCGUGCAGCUGGAAGUCUGUGAGGAAACCAGCCCAUGCGUCAUCUACAGUGAGACCCUCUGAUCUGCCCCGCUGCUGGCAACCUUGUGACCUCAAGGAGGCUGUAGCCUUUACUGGGUCUCUGGCUGGGCCCUCAUUGAUGACGACUGAAUAUUAAUGGCUGGAGAAAAUGUCAUCUUGGGUGAGGCUGAACUGGCUGGGAGGAGGCUUGCAGGGCAUGGGAUGGUUUUGAUCAGUGAAAGGCUGGCUUACAUUUUGCGAAGUUCCUGAUGUUCGUGAUCUGGAUUUCAUUUUAUUUUUUUCCAAGUAUAUCUACUUUUGACUUGUGUUUUAGAUGAAAUCAAGAUGACAGAGGACCCCAUCACCCGUAGCAGAGUGCUGCCUCGUGAGCUCUGUACACCUUGUCUAGCACGUAGGUGAGACUCACUGUAGCCUUCAGAGAUAUUUUGGUCUCUGCCAAGAGAAGACCACCUGCAAAGCUGUGAAGACCAACCUGCCCAGCACACACGAAACCAAAUCUCCUGGAGUUUAAAUGCAGAUGAUGUUAACUGUGUCAGUACUUCAUGCCCUGCAUCCAACGAUUCAUCUGAGAGAUAGCUGCAAUAUUAUACCAGUGCAGUACUAUCAGGCCUAACUUGCUUGUUGGAGGGGGGCUGUCUCUGAGAAAAGAGAAGGAAAGCAGGUGCACAGUGCUCCUGCCAGCAGCUAGAUGUUUACGUACUAUGACAGGGCAUGCCACAAGCAGGUGGUUGGAGAAAGGCCUGCCCUGACCCACGGCCAGCUCUUCUGUGAGCCCAGCCUAAGCAAGAGGGUGCAGGGGAGACUGAGGAAAGGGAAAGGCUGUGGGGCUAUUUUCUAAAAGUGCCCAAGGAGUUCAGGAGCCCAGCACCCUUUUACUGAAAUAACUGGUAGCUGAAGUGUGCCAUGUUGUUUGUUGUAUCUGAUAUUCAAUUUGCAGGGAUCUUUACACACUUAACAACCCUUUUGAGUUUCAGGGUAUUGCAGAGAGGAGUGCAGCACAGAAAGAUGUUACCUGGCUUUAAAGAAGCUGGUGCAGGGUUAACUGCAGAGCAGGAUUUUCUUAAUCAGCAAGUUCACAGGUACUUCUCGGAUAGCUGAGCUGUCUCUGCAACAGGACCUAGAAGCAUAGAGAGAACAGUAGUCACUACAACCAUCCUAAGGUAAACCAUUCCCAGUGAUGAAUCACAUCUCCCAGUAUUUUUUCGUUUUGGUUGCUUGCUGAAAAACUGCAAAAGCCUACUACAAACUUCUGAAAAUGAUACAGAAUUGUCUCCAGAAAUCUUACCAAGAAUUUUUGCAUUCUGCUUGGAAGAGACCAGACUUAAAAAAUAACCACAUCGUUCUGGAAAUUAAUUUCCAGCUUUCGUUCUUCUAAACUUUCCAUUUUGUUUCUGACUUGAUGCAAGUCUGAUCAAGUUAUUUCAGAACACAGCCAAGCAGCCAAGUCAGAAAACCUAUUAACAAUGUCAACAAGACAUAGCUGAUUGCCCAGAACUGUUGACGCACAAACCCACAGUGAUUUAAAAAAAAUCACGCACAGUCUGAAAAACUUUAAGAAAAAUUUAAUAGUGACCUGCAAAGAUACUUUUUCCAUCAGUUUCAAAAGGCAAUUGGUAGGUGUGACCAAAACCGUGACCUUUAUGAAACAGAGUUUUCUUGUUUAAAAUGAAGCAAAAUUUAUCUACCGGAGAUAAAUAAAAGAUUUUUAUACACAGACUUAAAUCCUGACAACUGAAGCAUCAUUAGUACUGAAAGAUGUAAGCUGUGGCAGUGGUGAACUCUGCCUCUUUCAUCUGGGAGUUGGGCUUUCGUAGGGAGCAAUGUCUUACUGGAUUUCCAAGACCUGACUUCUUGGUUCAUGGGUAGAGACCUGCCCAGCCAUGUGGGCCUUCCCAAGCAGACGAGUCCAUCACAGGCUCCCUGUUUUUCUAGGAAUCCUGCCACGUGUUUAUUUUUCAUGACAGACCUGGCUUCAGCUUUUCAGCAAGUUCUCUCUGUCAUGUGCAUGAUAGAACCAGUGUACCAGGUUAAUCUCAUGAGCUUUUUUAUCCUGGCUAACUGCAGGCUUCUGCCUGCUUUGUCUGCUGUUCUGCUUUCUCAGCAUUGGCUACAACAGAAAAACAACUCAAAAAACAAGUGUGCAAAUAGACCUAACCCACAGCUUGGUCUUGGAUCACACGGGGAAGGGGCCGCUAAGGCAAAGUCUCACAGGUGCAGGGUCCCCACCCUCCCUGACCGGGCUGUUUUGAAGCUUUAUGUUUUGUUUUCUCUGCAAAUAGACUAGAAAUGACCUAACAUGCUCCUGCUCCUUCGAGCUUAGGCAGCUUUUUUCAUCUUGCCACGUCAGGAAAAAAAAGCCAGCAGGCAGCUUGGCUUCCUAGGCUGCCAGCACACGGAGCUGUAUAACCAUGGACAGGCUGUGGUGGGCUACCACGCUGGGCCACAUCCAAAACUGUGAUACUGCCAAGUGCGUGCCCGAGAUCUGUAGGAACUUUUGAAAAAUACCUUCUUAGAUGGUGACUCCCUUGGGCCCAUCACAGGUUGCUUUUCUUGUCAGUAAAAGCUGGCGUUGGAAGGAGACUUUGUUCUUCCUGUGCAAAACCGCAGCGGGUCAGUCCUUGCCCCGGGGCGGGCACAGAUUCCACCUCCUUGCCCACCCUCUGUCCCUCUUGCUGCCAGCCCCGUGGCUGGGUGAGGCAGUGGGAAGAGACCAAAGUCAUCUUGCUCACCAUUUGCAAAAGUGCUGAUUUUGUUGUUGUUGUUGUUUUGCUCAAAGAGCAGAAUUUGAAUUUUGUGUGCGUGUUGCCAAUUAAGAAUUGCUCCCAGGAGCCAAGAAGUGCCUUAUUUGUAGUAUGUUUUCUGCAUCUAAAAGGAACGAUUAGUUCCACUAGAAAGAUGUUUUUCUUUUAAAUGGAACAUUAUUUAUCUCAACCAACCUAUCUUUGUUCAUCUGUUUUCUCAAAGAUACAAAUGAUAAACCUAGACCAUAGAAAAUGCUGCUUAGAAAGGUGAGUUCCCUUGAGCAGCUGAGACUGUGGCUCCGUGAUUUCUCCCAAGCAUCCUAACGCUGGUUGCCCACAGUCCUGCACGCCUGAUGGGUUAAGUCUGACUCUGCCUGUAGGAAUUAUUUUCCAUCAGUAGUUAUUUUGGAAUCAGAAGCUUUCACAGAAGGCUUCUGGUUUUAUGUUGUCUUUGUAGGUUUUUUUUUUGGGAGGGGGAGGGGGCUCAAAGGUGAGGGGUUUGCCCUUCAUCCCUGUGAUUAUUUUACCCCUAAAAUGCAGCAGAGCAUGCACGUGUCUGGUCAACCUACACUGCUGUAAUUGCAUUUGGGGCUGAAAAUGGGAACCCUAGCUUAUUAAUGUCCAUUCAGAAUUUAGAAAAUACUUUGCACAAAAUGCAGAGGAAAACUUUGACCAAAAGAGUUUACUGCUUCUUUCUUUCCUUUUUUUUUUUUUUAAUCCUAAACAAGCUCUACUUUUCUCAAUGUGAAAUAGAGAGAGAUUCACACCCGAGAUGCAGACUUCUUGGGAAUGAUUAAAUGGGGUUUGAGUGUUGAUAGCAGUGUUUGAGUGAGCUGCUGGUCAGAGAAGUGAAUGCUAUUUACUAUUUAUGUUGAGUGAGCUUUACAAAAAAUGGGAAAGGUCACUAGAGGGUUGAUGAAGAAAGACUUUGCAGGGCAAACUGAGAACUGAAGGCUGCGUGAGUCUGAUGUAGAGGCGAACUGAUCUGUGAGUGAGCACUGUGAGCUAGGAUAUUUAGCCAUUGUGGUUUUAAUGUGCCUUUUUUUCCUGCAAGGAAAGGCAUCCUUCCCUUCUUCAGAGCUGAAACAAAAUCAGAUCCAUUCUCCAUCACAGUCAUUCAGUUCCACUGAAGUCUGCAGACCUCACCAUUCCCCAGGCUUGUAAGGGUCUCUGCAUACCAAGCCCACGCACACAGAGCUGUGCCUCUGUGGAGACAGGGGAACACUUCAGAGGAAAUGAUGGAUCUUGGUGUGGGAGAUUCACAUUCCUACUGGCAGGUAAACUGCUCCCUGAGGAUUACCCCAUCUCUCACAAAUCACUCCAUUCUGAACAUCUCCCCUGGAGCUCACCAGUAACCAUUGUAUUUGAUGUCUUGGGAGGCACACAUUCCUUUUCAGAUACUGUGAUGGCCAUCAAAAUGAGCAGAGUAUCCUACCAUGUGAAUUGUGACCUGGAGAUGGGGUUGAAAGGUGUUUGAAGGUUAGAGAAGGGAGAAGAGAACAUAUUACUGGUAGAAAUGCAUAAGGAUAUGUCAUAUUUUUAUUUUUGUAAGUCUGAUUCUCUAAGUGCUUGUAAAGUACUUUACUGUUGUAUAUGUGGUGAUGCAGUAGUUUUCAAUAUCCUUUUAUUUUUGUAUAUUCCCCUUCCACAAUAAUCCCUUCCUGUUCAACUCAUAGAAAGUAAUUUAAGAAGACAAAAUUUAUAUAUCAUAAUAAAAUGCCCAAACCAUCAGG